UCCUAUGCGAGGCCAUGGCGCGAUCAGACGUCGUCCCGGGAGGGCGCGCGGGAAAGGCGAUGGCGGCCGCAGCCGCCGCCGCCGGAGGCGGAGGGUCGUCCGUGUCUCUGCAGGACGCGGACAAGAAAAGCCACCGCGCUGCGCGGUCAGGGCCAGCAGCGGAGCGCAAGAAGGAGAAAGAUAAGAAGAAGCGCGGCGUGAGCACGGCGGACGACGAGGAGGAAGGCGAGAACCCGCGAGCGUUUGCCUUCAGGUCAUCCCGUAGAGCCAAGCUACAGGUGGCAAGGCGGGUGGAGCUGCAGCAGCGGCGCAUGCACGCGCCCAGCGCCAAUGCUACACGCGCACAGGCAUUGGAGCCCCCACCCUUUGUGGUGCUCGUGCAGGGGCCGCCAAAG